AUGAGCGACCAAGCCAAUCACGUAUCCAGUUACUGGAUGAACAAAUUGCACGCACAUGUCGCUCGUGUGGACACGAAUCACAACGAGGGCCGUUCAGAGAAGGGAAGAAAUGGAGAGAUACUUUCUGGACAAAAGCCACAAGGCACCUUUCGCGUUCGAGACAACGACAUGGAGAGAAUAAAGAAGCGUCGUCAUGACGCAAAGCGCGACCGCAAUGUCCGAUUCGAAGGGGUUCCGGAAAAUGGAUCUGUCGACGGCUCUUUACCCUGUCAGUCUGAUGAUUUUCAAUCUUCGGCUAAUCGCAAAUCCAACAUGGGUUGUCCGGAAACCCUUGCUGGUGAUGUGAGAAUUCUAGCUCGACAGAUUGGAACCCUAAAAAGGGAGAUGGAGAAGAUCAAGCAAAUGCUGGAGAAUAUACAGUGA